AUGCCCGCCAGCCCCAACCCCCACUAUGCCCACCCAGACGGCUUGCUUUUUUCUCUGACAGGCCAGGUCACAGUGGCAGGGAUGGAGUUCUUAAUCCCUUCUGAACAGUUCACCAAAAUCAAAGAACUGGAGUUAAUGCCAGAAAAAGCCCUGGAGGAGGAGAAGGAGGAGGAAGAUGGCGUGUGCAGAGUGAAAGAACACUCAGGCUCUGGAGAGUUGGAGGCCCAGAGCACCCAUGGGGCCCUCCAGGCCAAGAUCCCGGAGGGAGAACAGGAGCUGGCGCCGGCCACCAUGGCGGAGAGCGAGCAGCUCAUCCUGACCCUGCAGGAGGUGCACGUCACCUCGGGAGAUGUGGAGCCGCCGCAGCAGGGGGAGGUGCAGGUGCUGCUGCAGCGGGCCAGCGGCGGUCUGCAGUCCCUGGUGUGGCUCGGCGAGGGAUCCCCUCUGAGCCUGCACCAGUGUGUGGCCAUUAGCUUCCAGGAAGAGGUGUACUCGAUGCAGGAAACGGAGGUGAUGCAGUUUCACGUCCUGCAGGAGAGUGUGACCGUGGCCAGUGAGGACAGUGAGCUAGCAGUGAGCCUGGCAGAAAGCACUGAACUGAUUAAGCUUGAGAAAGCUCAGAAGGAGGAACAGCUGCUGGCCGAAGAAGGAGUCAGUGGAAAAAGAGAAGAGCAGUUUUUUCUUGUGGAAGCGAGGCCAGGAGAUGAAGGAAGCGAUGAAAUUGUUCUGACAAUUUCCAGCUUGAAUAUGGAAGAAGAAGAUAAACCGGUCCCCGGUCAAGCACCUAUUGAAAAAGCCAAAACUACAGAAAAUCAAAAAAAGACAAACGAAGUAAAACAGACCUUCCGCUGUGACGCCUGCAUGUUCACCUCUUCUAGAAUCUCAAGCUUUAAUCGUCAUCUGAAAACUCACACCGGUGACAAGCCCCACGUGUGUCACCUCUGCCUGAAGGCUUUCCGGACUGUUACUCUUCUGCGGAACCAUGUCAACACCCAUACAGGAACCAGGCCCUACAAGUGUGGCGAUUGUGACAUGGCGUUUGUCACCAGUGGAGAACUUGUCCGACACAGACGUUAUAAACACACUCACGAGAAGCCCUUUAAGUGCUCCAUGUGCAAGUAUGCUAGUGUGGAAGCAAGUAAGCUGAAGCGCCACAUCCGCUCGCACACGGGAGAACGCCCUUUUCAGUGCCCCCUCUGCAGCUACGCCGGCAAAGACACCUACAAGCUGAAGCGACACACGAGGACGCAUUCAGGUGAGAAGCCCUACGAGUGCCAAGUCUGCCACGCACGCUUCACCCAGAGCGGGACCAUGAAGAUCCACGUCCUGCAGAAGCACAGCGAGAACUUGCCCAAAUACGAGUGCCCACACUGUGCCGCCAUCAUCGCGAGGAAGAGCGACCUGCGCGUCCAUCUGCGCAACCUGCACGCUUACAGAGCCGCGGCGAUGGAGUGCCGCUACUGCCCCGCCGCCUUCCACGACCGCUACACCCUCGUUCAGCACCAGAAAACGCACAAGAACGAGAAGAGGUUCAAGUGUGAGCACUGCGGCUACGCCUGCAGACAGGAACGCCAUAUGACAGUUCACAUCCGUACCCACACUGGAGAGAAGCCGUUUGCCUGCCUCUCCUGCAGUCAGUGUUUCCGGCAGAAGCAGCUGCUGAAUGUGCACGUCAGGAAAUGCCAUGACACCAACUUCACCCCGACCGUUCACGAAUGCCCCCGAUGUAGCAGAGGCUUUUCCCGCUGGAGUAACUUGCAGAGACACGCGGAGAAGUGUGGCUCAGGGCAAGAAAAGCCGUCCACCUCCAAAAAGAGAAGAAAAGCCGCAGCUGAGGAGGCCUCCCUGAUAAGCGGAGAGCAGUGCCCGGGAGGGGCGCUUCCCAUGGACUUCGGAGCGGCCUUGGCGGAAAGCGAGGACCUGGAUGAAGGCAUGACAUGUGAGAUGAUCCUCGACCUGAUGGACAAGUGA